CGUCUUGUCAUUGUACGAGUCACGCCUGCUGUGGUUCUGGAUCCAUUGCCUUCCCUUGGGUCUGUAACGGAAGGGAGGUAACGAGCGAGGAGGGAAUCGCGGUGGUUGAGAGCAGGUAACGGCGGACCCGGGCAGACCCGCUUACUUGUUGGUAGUCGACUGUGAUGGUGGUGCGGAGCAAAGGCGGAGAAAAGUGUGGGUUGGCAAUGACGACUGGCGAAGAGGCGAAGACACCGACCGCCCGGCGAAUGGCUUGGGGCCUUGUUAGCGGAGGGGCGGGCCUCUUAGACUUGGGAAACCAAAAUGUGCUCAAGAACGUUCGCGGGCCUGUUUUCCUGGGUAAUCCUCUGGAAUGCGCUGGCGCUCUUGGUGUUUACAAUCGGCGUCGGCGUGGUUGUAGUAUGGUAGACAAGCAAUUGGGUCCUCGGGGGGAUUGGGAUGUUUGCGACCGGGUGGAAGGCGGAGAUAUGGAGGAGGAAACGGAAGCGGCGAACGAGGGGAGGUGCAACAGGAAUGCAAAUUGGGUCGUAAAGAGAAGAGGAAGAGUGAAGAAGAAGUCGAAGAAGAAGACAGGAGAGUGGGAGGGAAAUGAAGAGUGGUCUCGGAGACGGAGGAGAGGGUGGAGAGUACGAGUAGGGAGUCGACGAUUAGAAUGGGACCAGAAGAUACGACGAGACGAGACGAAACAGACAGAGAGGGACUAGUGGAUACCCUACUAGCAUGUUCGGUAACUAGAGACACAACGACGACGACAACGACGACGACGAUGGAGGAAGAGGACAGGAUAGGUUAGGUAUUAGGUAGUAUCCUACUCGUAACCUAGAGG